AUGGCUCAAUGUAAAUGGAACUGGUAUCAAAACGACUACAAUGUCUUCAUCAACUUGCUGAGGUUGAAUGUUGAUCCAAGUAAAUGUAAAAUCAUACUCUUAGACAGACAAAUAACUGUAAAUGAUGGCGAAAAGGACAUUUUUACCUGUAAUUUGUUUGGAGAUGUGGAAGAAGCGAUGGAUGUAUCAUUCUCUGCAAACAAGGUGGGGGGUGGUUACGGUUUUGAUUUUAUUUUUAGGCAGAGUUGAAUCUUCAGAAAAAGAUUGCUGGCAAGUGGGACGAUCUGGAAGCUAAGAAGGAGGUAGAAGUCAAACAGGCACCUAAAAUUGAGAAACAGUGGGAAAAACUGGCAAAAGAAGCUGAACAGGACCCUGAAUGUGCCGACGACGACGGGGUUAACAAGUUUUUUAAGGUAAAAAAACGUUAGUUUUAACAAAUUUCUUGGUGUUUUUUAUAUUGUUAUCUAAAUAAAUAUAUACUUUGUUUUUAGCAAAUAUACGACAACUUGGACGAUGAUGGGAAGAAGGCUAUGAUGAAGUCGAUGCAGGAGAGCGCAGGUACUGUUUUGAGCACCAAUUGGAGCGAUGUCAAGAAGAGUAAAGUCGACUGUAAACCUCCAGAAGGCCUCGAGUUUAAGAAGUAUUAA